AUGGUUGAGACGCAAGGGGGUGGUGGAGAUGGAGGUGUCGAGUUUGUGUUACAUGUGCUUCGAGGACGAUGGUUCUCACUUUUUGCCUCGUUCCUUAUUAUGUCUGGAGCAGGGGCUACUUACCUUUUCGGGGUAUACUCCCAGGAAAUAAAAAACACUCUUGGAUAUGAUCAGACAACACUUGUUCUCUUGGGUUUCUUCAAGGAUUUGGGAGCUAACGUUGGAGUUCUCUCUGGUCUAAUAGCGGAGGUAAGUCCAACAUGGUUCGUGCUGCUAGUUGGUGCGGCUAUGAACUUUACAGGCUACUUUAUGAUAUGGCUUUCUGUUAUUGGCAAGAUUUCCAAGCCAAAAGUUUGGCAAAUGUGCAUAUACAUAUGCCUUGGAGCCAAUUCUCAGAAUUUUGCAAAUACAGGAGCACUUGUAACCUCUGUUAGGAACUUCCCUGAGAGUAGAGGUAACAUGAUAGGUCUUUUAAAAGGAUUUACAGGGCUAAGUGGAGCUAUAAUGACACAACUAUAUUUGGCUGUCUAUGGAAAUGAUGCUCAAUCUCUUAUCCUCCUUAUUGCCUGGAUGCCAGCUGCAUUAUCACUCAUUUUUGUUUAUACCAUUCGACAAAUGAAAGUCGUUAGGCAACCAAAUCAGCAAACUGUUUUUUUCCACUGCUUGUUAAUAUCAAUUGUCCUCGCAUUGUUUCUUAUGGUCACCACACUUCUCGAGAAAGCAAUAUCGUUUUCUCAUGCUGCAUAUGUUGUAGCCGCCACUGUAUCUUGUGCUUUACUUUUCUCCCCUCUUUUAGUUUUCAUUAGAGAGGAGUUAGCUAUCUGGCGUCAAAUGAAACAGAAUAAUGGAGGAGUUGCAAACACAAUCGUCGAAAAUCCACCACCAACCGAAAUCCCACAGCCACAAAAAGAUCAAGUCAACUCUAAGACAUCAACAUCUUCAUGUUUUUCAAAAAUAUUCUUCGAAAAACCAGCAAGAGGCGAAGAUUAUACCAUCUUACAAGCACUUCUAAGUACUGAUAUGUUGAUUCUUUUCGUGGCAACAUUAUGUGGACUUGGAUCAAGCCUAACUGCAGUUGAUAACAUGGGUCAGAUAGGUGGUUCUCUAGGAUAUCCAAAAACUACAGUGAAAUCCUUCUUGUCACUUCUCAGCAUAUGGAAUUUUUUCGGGAGAAUUUUCUCAGGAUUCGUGUCUGAAAGCCUGCUAGUCAGGUACAAAUUUCCUCGGACACUGAUGAUGACAUUAGUCCUUCUUCUGUCAUGCAUUGGCCUACUUCUAAUUGCUUUUCCAUUCCCCAGUUCACUAUAUGUGGCGUCUAUAAUUAUCGGCUUCUCAUUUGGUGCUCAAUUGCCAUUACUUUUCACAAUAAUUUCUGAGCUGUUUGGGUUAAAGUACUAUUCAACAUUGUUCAAUUGUGGACAAUUGGCUAGCCCUCUUGGCUCAUACAUUCUGAAUGUGAAAGUUACUGGACCACUUUAUGAUAGAGAGGCAUUGAAGGAUCUAGAGAAAAAAGGUUUGACUAGAGCAUCUGUCAAGGAGCUAACUUGUAUUGGUAACCAAUGUUAUCAACUACCUUUCAUUAUCCUGGCUUGUGUCACAUUCUUUGGAGCUAUGGCCUCAUUGAUUUUGGUUGCAAGAACUAGACAGUUUUACAAAGGAGAUAUAUACAAGAAGUUUAAAGAACAACCAAAUACACCUGAUACAGAAAUGGCUUCUUCAAACACUACUAAUAAGACAAUCUGA